UAUGAAAAUAUAAUGGAUACAAGAGUACUCCGUACUAAUCAUACAUCUAUGUGAGACAUAUAAAAGGUGGACGAAACAAUUGCUUAUCAAAGUGUAUCAGCAUUCGAGUCGAUACAGACGUCCACCAUGCAUUUCAUAUCGAUAUUAUUUUUUAUAACGGCAGUAUAUUCACUGCCGAAUCCAGAAAUAGGGGAAUCACCAAAAAACUUAGCGGAACCUAAUGUUGAGAGUGCAGCUAGGGCUAUGAAGAAGGAUUGCACAAAUGGGAUUUUUAGUCCAACGUGUUUGAAGAUCGAAGCUAUAUCGAUGUUGGAGAAACUCAGUGCGAAGGAGGAACUUCGUCUCUUGCCAGGAGUGAGUGUAGUCAAAGAAGCGAGUAAAGAAAAUGGGAGCAAAGUUGAAGAGUUUGCUGCUGAGCUGGCCAGGUCUUUUCCUUCGAAACCUGAUGAGAGGUUGGACAAAUACCUGCUGUAUAGGCUUGGGAACUACUUGGACACCCAUACAGUGAAGCUGAAGUUGUUAGAUGAGAAUGCUGCUGAAGAAGCCAGGGCUCUGGUUGGAGAAGCGAGGGGGAAAGGAGGACUUGGAGGCAAGAAGGGAGGACUGGGGGGUUUGUUAGCUGCCGGACUUUUGAUGAAAGGUACCCUCAUGUCAAUCGGUCUUGGAGCUCUCGCCCUCCUCGCUGGAAAAGCCCUAAUGACAGCCAUGAUGUCACUCCUUCUCUCUGCCAUCAUCGGUAUCAAGUCUCUCUCUGGAGGCCAAAAGUCUACCACGUAUGAGAUCGUCUCUAAACCCAUCUACAGUCAUUCUCACUCUCACUCUACCGCUCACGAAGAUGUGGGAGGCUACGGCCAUUCAGGGUACGGCAGGAAUCUAAACGUUAGGAGACGUUGAAAAUGAGUUAUUGAUUUAUUUAUUUGAGUGUAGUUAUUUGAGUAGAGUUGUUGUUUUGUUAUUUCUGUUCGGUUUUGUUUUUUUUCUGUUACUUGUUUUUGUUUUUAUUCAUUUAUUGUUUUUUUCUUUUAUUUUUUAAGUUUCUCUUGUUGUUGACUGUUGUAUUGUUUGUUUAUUUAUUUCGUAGGAAGAAUAAGACAAUGAUAUCGACUCGAAAAACUGUAAUUUAUGAGAACGUAAUGAAAAUACUCACUAUUUAUUGAAAUUAUUUAUUGUUAGUUAUAAGGCCACUGUUUUCUUGAGGUGUAAAAUCUCAUGUUUUAUGAAUAUGUAAUUUUCUUUUAUCUGAUAUUUAUUUUUGUAUUAUUUGUAUUGUUAUUUAUUUUUGUAUAAUUUUUAUUGUUACUUAUUUAUAUUUGUAUUAGAAUUUAAUAAUUGUACAAAUAUUUGUUUCAUUCUAUUUAAACAUUUUUAUUAUGUAUUAAUAAUAUUGUUUAUGAUAGUUACUUAUAUUUUCUUUGUACUUUUAAAUAUGAUAUUUCUCGAUACGUCUACCCGCCUAUAAAAUAAUAUUUAUUCUGUGUAUAUUAUAUUUG